ACCUGCGUAUAUCGCUUGACAGUUUCUAUUAAAACCUUCCGUUAUACCUAGAUAUAUAAACAAGUUAUGAGUGAAUGUCAAUAUUGACGCACCCUACGAAAAGAUCAACACCUACCAAAUACUUAAGAGUCUCAACGAACCCCCACGAAAAGCAAAUAGCAAGUAUUCCAAUUAAUUGAACAAAAUCACUAUUUAUGGUCAUCAAUUCCAUUCAAUUCUUAAAGAUGACAAUUCGAGAUCUAUUUUCGCGUUCAAGUAGCUCGAAAAGAUCUAAAAGCCAGGGAAGCAACUCCGAUAAAGAUGACGACACCGAAAACCUCCCGACUCCGUCGCAACAAACCGAAAACCCAACACAAAAAUCAUCACAACAUUUAGAAGUUAGCACACAAGGACCUGUAAAAGGACUCCGAAAAGCAUCAUCAGUAUCAGCAAGUCGCUUAUCCGCCCGAAAACACCCAAGUAAAUCUGCAGAAUACGAACCGUCGGAUUACUUAUAUUUUGGCGAGGGUGUAUCAGCAGCAGACGUAUCCAAGUCGCUAUCAAAUCGAAAUCGAAGCAAAUCCACGAGCAAUAUAUCGGGACACCCGUCAACCACGAGUACUAGCAAUACUGCCAAUCCAAAUGGUAGAGAUAACAGUGGAUUUCUUAAUACGGGGAUGAAUACGCAUACAGCACAAAUGGGAUACUCGAAUUUGACGUAUGGUGGUUCGUUACAAUUUGAUUAUUCUGGGACCCAGGUCGGUGGACCAGGAAUUUAAUGGGCAAGUAUUUGCGCGGAUGUAUGCUUCCGUUGACAGCUGUGUUUGAAUUCUUUUCGACUCGUUUGUAUUAUUAUUCCAGUUGGGACAUACCUAGGUAGACGAGCAAGGUCUACCACCAAACUUGGCGACGUCGUUUUUGAGUACAUGGAGUUAAGAUAUCCAAGAAAAGGCAUGUAUAUUAUUAGAAGGCAAAUCAGAGCAUUAUUAAACAUAGAAAAGGAUCUUCAGUAAAAUAAAGUGAUGGUAUGCAGAUCAAGGUACCGGUAGAAAUACGGAUAACUCAUAUUCAUCUAAGAGCGGUAUACAAUUAGACGUCAAGCCGAGGCAUC